CAGCACACCAUGAAGCCGUCUUCAUGGUACGCUUCCACACUAGUUGUGGUGUUUUUCUACCUGUACGUGUUGGCUGUCCAGUACAUCCGCGCCGAAGAACUGCAGAGUGAGAGGAGUUCGAGUCGCAUCACUUUCGACGACAAAACUAGCGUCGAUUCGAUACACGUGAAGGAACUCGGAGAUCCCUCUGGUUCUUUGAGAUCCGUCGGCGUCGGGAGUGUUUCUGACGCCGGUCCAAGUUUAUAUCCCACCGAAAAUCAAGGUAGUUCACUUCACUCUGUGGGUAUAGGCAGUUCUUCAGAUGUGUCCCCGAGCUUCUAUCCUGGUAGUGUUGGUGGUGACAGAGAAGUUGGUAUCGGAAGUUCUUCCACAGCAGGUGAAACGCCAGAAGUUACUUCAUACAGUGACAAAAGUGAAGCUACUGGACUGUACAAUCCCGAUAGUGCUGGAUCCCUUCGUGCGGUUGAGAAUGCUGGCCUGGACCGUGCCGUAGGAAACAGUUACCGCCCUGGUUAUUCUUACGAUCCAAGUUACAACAAUCAUAAUCAAUUUUACAGUGGAGGCGAUUCUCUGUCUGCUGCAGCAGCAAACAUCAACUCCCAUCAUCAGGAUGGGUCCUACUCUUUGGACUUCAAGUAUCACAACUACGACAAGUUGACAAAGUUCCUGAGGACAACCUCAUCCAAGUUCCCAAACCUCACAGCACUGUAUUCUAUCGGCAAAUCUGUCCAAGGUCGAGAUCUAUGGGUGAUGGUAGUAUCAGCAUCCCCAUAUGAACACAUGAUUGGAAAGCCAGAUGUUAAAUAUGUUGCCAACAUGCAUGGGAAUGAAGCAGUUGGCAGGGAGUUGAUGCUUCACCUCAUUCAUUACCUAGUGACAAGCUACAACAGUGACAACUACAUCAAGUGGCUACUGGACAAUACUAGAAUCCACAUCCUCCCCUCAAUGAAUCCAGAUGGUUUUGAAGUUGCCAGAGAAGGACAGUGUGAUGGUGGUCAGGGCAGGUACAAUGCUCGUGGGUUUGAUUUGAAUAGGAACUUUCCAGAUUACUUCAAACAAAAUAACAAACGUGGUCAGCCAGAGACAGAUGCAGUUAAAGAAUGGAUUUCUAAGAUCCAGUUUGUCCUCUCUGGUGGGCUGCAUGGUGGUGCUUUGGUUGCCAGCUACCCUUUUGAUAACACACCUAACUCCAGCCCAGUAUUCCACAGUUACUCGUCAACGCCUUCACUGACUCCAGAUGAUGAUAUAUUUAAACACCUGGCACUAACUUACUCCAAUAAUCAUCCUAUUAUGAGUCACGGGAAAGCAUGCAAAACUGGCACGCCGUCCUUCAAUCAAGGCAUUACAAAUGGAGCAGCAUGGUAUCCCCUCACCGGUGGAAUGCAAGACUUUAACUAUGUAUGGUAUGGCUGCAUGGAAGUAACCCUUGAGCUUUCAUGCUGCAAGUAUCCUCCUGCAUCAGAGCUUCCCAAGUUCUGGGAAGAAAACAGAAUGUCACUUGUUAAAUUCCUGGCAGAAGCACACAGAGGUGUCCACGGAUUUGUAAUGGACGAAAACGGCAAUCCAGUUGAGAAAGCAUCACUCAAGGUCAAAUCACGUGAUGUUGGGUUCCAAACAACCAAGUAUGGAGAAUUCUGGAGGAUUCUCUUGCCUGGAAUCUACAAAUUAGAGGUUUAUGCUGAUGGUUAUCUGCCACGUGAACUGGACUUCAUGGUAGUAGAGCAGCACCCCACCCUCCUCAAUGUGACUCUUCAUCCUGCUAAGCGUCAGGAUGGUUACUACCGUCCACAGCAGCAACAUGGCUAUUAUCACCGUCCCCAGGGAGUACCUGUCAACAAACCAAAUGAAAAUGGUGGCAUUCUGUCCUCCAUCAGCAAUGGAUUUAAUAAUCUUGUCACCAACAUCUUUGGUUGAGACAUGCAAAGAACCUUACAUAAAUAAACAGUAUUGCAUUUAUGUCUUGUGACAAAAAAGUAUAUCACAAGAUAAAUGUGGAAGUUACAGUAAAACUUCCAGAGAAAAACAUUUCAAUACAAAAGGUGAAAGCAAGUGUGUCAGGCUAGUGCAUGUAGCAUCCACAUUCUCUUACUCUCAAAGUGACAAAUGUGAUGACAACAGCAAAUACCAUAUUUACUUGUGUGUAAGUUUUAUUAAAAAUUAAUCAUUCUUAAAAUUAGGGUGAGUGUAACACAUGAAACAUACACACAGCUAGGGUGUAUUUGUUACUGUAACACACGAAAACCAACAAGUCCAAUGUAUGCAGACAACUUGAGCAGAUCAAUCAUUUCUAAAUACAAAUUGUGCAGCUUCCAACAAUAAACUAUCAUCCGACUGAUUUAAAAUAUGAGUGCAUCUGGAUCAGUUUUGUUACAAAAUACCACCUGCAACAAUGAAUGCUAACUCUACCUGCCUAAUCUACAGACAUCUCAUAUUACACAAUAUAUUUUUUUCUUUUUCAAUACCUACAUUUUAUUUAUUUUUAAGCAUGUUAUACACAAAUACUUUCUUUAAUUUUCCAAUCCAAGAAUAGUUUUUUUUUACAUAAGUAAAUAUGGUAUAUGCCAAGUAAAUGGGUGAAAUAAAGGGGCUUUUAUGCAAUUAAAAAGCAUCCAGUUUGUUCUAUAUAAGUUAAUUAUAUUUCUGAAGGAAUUAAUUAAGAAUACUGGUAUUUAGUUCAGUCACCAUUUUUCCUUAUGAUGAAAGAGAUUAAAGUGCCUCCUUGAAAUUUAAAUAAAUCAAGUGUACUUUCAAAAGGCAAUGUAUUUUUAAUAUGCUAUUGUAUUAUUUAUAAAUAAACAUCAAAUUAUGUUUUGCAAAAACAAUUCACUAUA